AUGGCUUCAACCACCUUCGUUACCUUGAGCAAUGGCGUCAAGAUGCCCAUUUUUGGUCUUGGAACUUGGCAAGUAAGGAUUUUUGUUUUACAAACUGUUACUGGUCAUGUUGGCAAUGUUCUUCUAAAGUUUCAAAAAAUGUUGGCUAUUCGUUCAAGUUUUAUAUCAAUUUUAGCAAGUUGGUCAUGGUUAAUAUCGAAAGUUUGAUUUUUUAUAAACUUCAGAGAUUGAAAUUGUUAGCUAAUUUUUAACAUAGUUGAAGGGAGGUCUUUUAACAAUAUUUCUACAAAGUUUCGAGAGAUUUUAACAAAUUCAAAAUUUUCUACAUUAACUUGAACAGCCUCCGCCUUGGUUAAUAUUGAAACAUUUAAAUUUUUUAAAUUUAUGAAUUUGUUUUCAGUCCAGCGAAGGUGAAGUUGGUAGAGCAGUUACCGUGGCUUUGGAUGAAGGCUACAGACUCAUUGAUACCGCCGCUAAUUACUUUAACGAAGAUGAAAUUGGCGAAGCAUUGGAGAAGUACAUUCAAUCAGGAAAGCUGAAGAGAGAAGACGUUUUCAUCACUACAAAGGUAUGGAGUUGAGGAUGUUUAGGUUUUAUAGGAAGGUUAAUAUUUGUGCCACCUUAUUUUGACAAAAAAUUUCAUUUUUAAAGUAAUGUCAUAUAAGUUUUGGCAAAAAGUUAGCGUAAAGGGAGAGAAAGGAAGUUUAACCAAAAUUAUUCUAGAUCUGGUGCUCUCACAACCGUCCGGAUGAGAUUGAAGAAGAUUUGAGGCAAUCUUUGAAAAAGUUGAGGACUGAUUAUGUUGAUCUCUAUUUGGUUCAUCAGCCAGCUGCUUAUGAUGUAUGUUUUUGGGGUUUUAGGCUGGGUGGAGCAAUAUAUUGGUUUAGCUGAUUGUUAGGAGGUUUCUUAUGGAAAAUUGGCUUGUUUAGGCUCAGGCUUGUUGGGAUUGAUCUUUUUAUGCUUUCGUUUGGCAGGUGUAGCCUUGGUAGGCUUAUUUAUUGAGCUUACGCCUAGUAGGUUUAGGCUUAACUUAAGAAGCUUUUUUAAGUUUUUUGAAAAUUUAAGAAAAAAUAUUAGUUUAGUCCUUAGUAUGAACUUUUUUUAAUAGAUUUUUUAAAUUCCAGGCCAAAAUGGAAAACCAAGACCACUCAGUAAAAGUGGAAGAUACCUGGAAGGGAAUGGUCGAAGUAUACAAGAAGGGCUUGGCCAAGGCGAUCGGUGUCUCCAACUUCAAUGAAGAACAAAUUGAGAGAUGCAACAAGUCCUCGGAUGUUCCAGUACAUAACUCUCAAGUCGAACUUCACUUGUAUUUCCAACAGAAGGUGCAUGUUGAGUACUGUCAGAAGAACAACAUCUCUGUCACUGCCUACGCUCCAAUGGGAUCUCCAGGACGAUCCAAAUAUGUGCUGCCUAAUGGAAGGUGGGUUUUUUUGAUUUUUUUUGCGUGUGGGAGAGGUUUUAUGGUUUUAGGCUUGGGCUUAAUAGGUUUAAGCUUAGUAGGCUUAGGCUUAGUAGACUUAAGCUUAGUAGGCUUAGGCUUAGGCUUAGUAGGCUUAGGCUUGGUAGGCUUAUGCUUAGUAGGCUUAGGCUUACGUUUAGUAAGCUAUUUUUAAAAUUUGAUGACUUUUUUAACGAUCUUAUGUUUUUAGAACCUUGGAAUGGCCAGCAGCGGCCGAACCUCUAGAAAACGAGGUUGUUCUCGGCUUGGCCAAGAAGUACAACAAGUCUCCAGCCCACAUUCUUCUUCGUCAUUUGCUUCAGAAGAACGUGGCCAUCAUUCCGAAAAGUGUGAAUCCACAAAGAAUCCACGACAAUGCUCAGGUAUUCGACUUUGAACUGACUUCUGAAGAGGUGGAAACCUUGAACAAUCAACCACAAGCUCCAAGACUCUUCCUGCAAGACUUUAUGAUCGGCCAUCCGGAAGAUCCAUGGAAGAGCGAGAGACCACAGUAA